UGAGGCGUUGCUUAAUGGAGACGAGCGCUGAUGCCCGCUGGUCUGGUGCGCACGCAGCCUCCGCGUUUCCUGUAUGCAUGCCUCCUUUCUUUCCCCCUUCUCCCUUCCGAUCCUGCGCUUGCUACAGCGUUCUUCUUCCUCUCCGCUUCAGUCGCUGAACGGUGGACGUGUUUUCUUUCAGUUGUAGGAAGCCUCGGUUUUAGCUGAUUUCGCAAGGAAACCUAGCUUACCUGCAGCAUUAUGAACCAUUGCGGAAAUUGGUGUAGCGGAGCAGUGUGGGUGCAAUCUGUUAGGGUUGACGCUUGGUCGAGUUCGCUGGUUGCGUUGAGAAAGCUGUAAUUUUUUCAACAAUACUUCGAAGGUGAUCUGAUUCCAGGGGGGAGUGUGUUUAUUUAUUUAUUUUGAUUUAUUUUAGUAGAGGGGAUUGUAGACCUGUUCGCUAUGGGGAACCCGAGCGGAAGCACGAUGCAUGAGCCGAAAAACAUUCUCAUCACGGGCGCUGCUGGGUUCAUCGCCUCCCAUGUCGCCAACCGGUUGAUCCGAAAUUACCCACAUUACAAGAUCGUGGUGCUGGACAAGCUCGACUAUUGCUCGAAUUUGAAGAAUCUGUUUCCUUCCAAGGGCUCCAAGAACUUCAAGUUUGUCAAGGGCGACAUCGCCAGUGCAGAUCUGGUGAACUUUCUGCUGAUCACUGAGGGGAUCGACACCAUCAUGCACUUCGCCGCGCAGACGCACGUAGACAACUCGUUCGGCAACAGCUUUGAGUUUACGAAGAACAACAUUUACGGGACACACGUGCUGCUGGAGGCGUGCAAAGUGACGGGCCAGAUCAAGAGGUUCAUCCAUGUGAGCACGGACGAGGUGUAUGGGGAGACGGAAGUGGAGGCCAUUGUGGGCAACCAUGAGGCGUCACAGCUGCUGCCCACGAACCCAUAUUCUGCAACGAAGGCGGGUGCGGAGAUGUUGGUGAUGGCGUACGCGAAGAGCUACGGCCUGCCCUGCAUCACGACCCGGGGGAACAACGUGUACGGGCCGAACCAGUUUCCGGAGAAGCUGAUUCCGAAGUUCAUCCUGCUGGCAAUGCAAGGGAAGGCGCUGCCGAUCCACGGCGAUGGCUCCAACGUGCGGAGCUACCUUUACUGCGAGGACGUAGCAGAGGCGUUCGAGUGCGUGCUCCACAAGGGCGAGGUGGGUCACGUGUACAACAUCGGGACGAAGAAGGAGAGGCGGGUGAUCGAUGUGGCGAAGGAUGUCUGCGAACUGUUCAACCUGGACUACAAGAAGUCGAUCAAGAUGGUGGAUAAUCGGCCGUUCAACGACCAGCGUUAUUUUCUGGACGACAAGAAGCUGAUUGCGCUGGGAUGGCAGGAGAGGACCAGCUGGGCGGAAGGACUGCGGAAGACGAAGGAUUGGUACAUGAGCAAUCCGGACUGGUGGGGCGAUGUAUCUGGCGCUUUGGUGCCGCAUCCCCGAGCGUUGACGAUGCCUGGGUUGGAAAAACUGGCUGAGAUGCAGAGGGGAGAGUCUUUGGGUCAGUCCGACGAUGCUGCCGAUCUUGUAGAGGAGAGUGGGUCAGCGUUGUCGAAUGGGUGGGGACCGGGUUUGGUGAAAAGUGUGGUUUCCAAGGUAGUGUCUCCAGUGAAGCAUGCUUCGAGAGAUCCGAGUCUGAAGUUUUUGUUAUACGGGCGGACUGGUUGGCUGGGUGGAUUGCUGGGGAAAAUGUGUGAGGAACGGGGGAUCGCUUACAAGUAUGGCUCAGGACGAUUGGAAAACAGGAGCUCGCUGGAGGCGGACAUAGCCGCAGUAAAGCCGACGCAUGUUUUUAAUGCAGCUGGGGUGACUGGGCGGCCAAAUGUUGAUUGGUGCGAGAGCCACAAGGUGGAGACGAUCCGGGCGAACGUUGUUGGUACGUUGACCCUGGCAGACGUGUGCAAGCAGAAUGGGUUGCUGCUGAUGAAUUAUGCGACGGGUUGCAUAUUCGAGUACGAUGAGAAGCACCCACUGGGUAGCGGGGUGGGAUUCAAGGAGGAGGACACGCCAAACUUCGCAGGUUCUUACUACUCGAAGACAAAGGCCAUGGUGGAGGAUUUGCUGAAGGAGUUCGAUAACGUGUGCACAUUGCGGGUGCGGAUGCCGAUUUCAUCAGACUUGCAGAACCCUCGCAACUUCAUUUCCAAGAUCGUUCGUUACCAGAAGAUAGUGAACAUUCCGAACAGCAUGACAAUACUGGACGAGCUGCUGCCGAUAUCGAUCGAGAUGGCGAAGAGGAACUUGACAGGGAUCUGGAACUUCACAAACCCAGGUGUGGUGAGCCACAAUGAGAUCAUGGAUAUGUACAAGGAGUACAUUGAUCCGUCGCUGACGUGGGAGAACUUCACGCUGGAGGAGCAAGCGAAGGUAAUUGUGGCGGCGCGGAGCAACAACGAGAUGGAUGCUUCGAAGCUGUUAUCAGAGUUUCCAGAGAUGCUGGGGAUAAAGGAGUCAUUGAAGAAGUUUGUGUUCGAGCCCAAUAGGAAAACUGUCGCCAAGUAGGCUGUUUUGAGAGUUUGAACGUAACGGUGGCCUUGGUCUUGUUACUCAGAGCAGAUUUGUGGAAUUUCUCAAGCACUGUUAGAGUUGCUUGAUUUUGAGCUGCACAUUUAUUGACUUUCGUGAUACAGGUGGCCACGGAGUUGCUGUAGGUUUCGUUUUAGUCCAAAGAACAUUAAUGGAAAUUUACGGAAUCCUGGUUUAGUUUGGGGAUAUUUUUGAUUGUAGGUGAUUCUUUAAAUAAGGCACAUGUGGGUGUAAAGAAUUGUUUGCGCAAUAAAUAUGAGUCUCGGACAUUUCCUAGCUUCCCUCGUA